AUGGCGAUCCCGGUCGCCCGCGUGCACCUCGCCAUGGCACAUGCGGCUCUCCCCGCGCUGCUCCCGACCCCGCCCAAGUGGAAGAUGCUACCGCUGCUCCCGACGCCACCACCGUGCGUCGUCACAGCCAUCCUCCAAGCAAAGCCGCCGCUGCUCGCCAAGCCCAGCCGCCGCGCCGACUCCGACGAGCGGUGGGACGCGCGCAAGACCAAGCCGCCGACUAGCGCAGAACCCUCAUCAGCCUCAGCAUCAUCAGGCGCUCGUUCCGCCGACAGCCUCGUCAUCAGGAGCAGCACGGGCCAUGGAUCCCCGCGCAAGAACACGACCUCGCCGCCGCCCAAGCCUGGCCGGGCGGACUCCGUGGAGAGGUGGGACGCGCACAAGAUGGCAGCGAGCCCAGCUUCGCCGCCGCCGCCGCCGCCGCCGUCGUCGUCUUCAGGCAAGUGGACGAUCAGCCACGCCCACGCGUCAUCCGCCGAGCGCUGGGACGUGCACAAGAAGUGCUGCCCGACGCAGGCCGAGCUGCUCGACGACGGCGAGAGCAGCAGUACUGGCAGCAACGACAUCGAAGACAUGGAGGAGGAGAUACUAUGGAAGCCGCGGGCCAUGUACGCUGGACCGGGCUUCGUCGUCGCCGCGCCGGAAUCCAGCAUGCUUCCCAUGCCAACGGCGUUCUUGGUUCCCGUUGCAUAG